UCUGCGAAACUCGUGUGUGUUGGACUUGAGAUAACAAAACGCAAUAUUUGACAAGAUACUUGCCAUUUGCAAUGCAGUUGCAAUCCCUUAUUUAUCGCAAUCUCUUUCUCCCUUUCGUUACAGUUUCAAUUUCAAUUUCGCAGCAUCUUCCUCUGCAAUCUCGCUUAUAAAUUCCGAUCAACCCCAACAAGUUUCAAACUUUUCUUAUCAUCAUCACCUCUCACUCCGAAUUCUGCAAGCAUGAAGGGUGUUGGAUCGUACCCUGAUUGGCCAUAUUACGCGUCCCCAAGUUCAAAUUUAUCAGCUUUUGCGGCGCCCUUUAGUGUCAAUCCUUACACUGCCACUGAUGUUUCAUCUCACUUGAUGGGUCCAGCUGAAUCCGCAGAAACCGUGCCCCCAAUUCACUUCCCCUCUUAUGGCUACGAUUUCUUUUCAAACCCUGUGAGAGAAUUGGGUUCCAGUGCUCAAUUUCCUCAUGUGGGUUUGGCUUCUUAUGCGCCAAGAUCAAGUUUUGUUGAUGCACAACCCUACCGUGCUCCCUAUGAUCAAGCUUCUUCCGUGACACCUUAUCAUUGGCCUCCUGGGACAUCCUCUUUGGAUUGGCCCUCUCUCGCGGAUGCUAGCAAAUCGCCCGAAUUAGGGUUUUCUGGUGAGAGUGCUGUUCCGUGGGACCCCUUUCCUGAGUUCAAUGUGAAACAGGUUGGACUUGGGAGCAGUCUCACCCCAAUGAAUACAAAUGCUGCUGGAUUGACUGUUGAAGAAAGGAUGAACCAAAACCAAGGGAAUCAAGACGUGAAGGAUUCUGCUAGUGAUGAGGUUCCUCAUAAGAUUGAUUGGGAAAAGAACAUUGUGCCUGCAAGUGGAAGUUAUUUACCUGAUACAUCUGGCUGGUGGAGAGCUAUGAAACCCAUGUCGGUUGAAUGUUUAGGUUUAGGUGCAUCUGCUUUUCCAUUCCCUUCAAUGUCUCCUGAAACUCUUCAAGAGGCCCCUUUGAAAGUAGUUGCUGAUUCAGAAAAAAAUCAUUUAUCGAACAAUGAUUCAUAUGACAGGCACUCGAGGGGUGUUGAUAAAUCAUCAAGAGUUGAUACUGUUCCUUCAAUGCCUAGAACAGAGUUGGUCACAAAUUUGAAUAUUGACAAUAUUAUUGAAGAUGAACAUGUUGGGCACAAUGAUUUCUAUAAUACAAAGGAUGCUUAUCACAUUCCUAAUUCUGGAACUAGUGGUUGCUUUGAUUCAUCUUAUCUCCAUUUGCAUCUAGGAAGAAAUGAGUCUUCCUCAUCAAGCAAAGCAAUGAUUUCAGACAAUAAUGUUUCAAGGGAUGUUGUUGAUUUUUUAUUCAGAGGAGGGCAUGAAUUUCAAAAUCCUUGUGCAAAUGUGGAUAGUUCAAGCUUGAGCUUCAGUGCUAUUGCAGCUCCCAAUUUUGUUGUGAAAUCUUUCGAGGAUGGUGACCGAUGCAAUCCUGCUGAAGACUCACCUUGCUGGAAGGGAUCCUCUGCUGGUCACUUUUCUCAAUCUGAACCUUCUGUGGCUCUGCCACAAGAAUGUGUAUGCAACAAGGAAGAGAGCUUUGAUUCUAGCAUUCGGCCUCAGAAUUAUCUGCUUGAUACAGAAAACAAUAUGAAAAAAUUGCAUGAAAAUUCCAAUGGCUAUCUGCCAAGUUCAGCAUGUUCUCCAAGGAAAUUUUCAUUAACAAAGUUUUCAUCUGAAGAUUGCAAAGCAGGUGGUGCUGUGAAUGGAGCUUUUCAACCUGAGCCGAGAUGUGAUCACAGGCUUCAAUUUCAGGAUAUUAUCAAAAUGAAGGAAAAUAAUGUGUCACCAGCCAAGCCAACCGACAGUGAGUCUGGAUCUUCUUACACAGAACAUCAAGUAGUAGAUGAAUCUUCUCACAAAGAACAUCAAGUUGUAGAGGAGAACAAAUUGAUGUGUCUAAAACAGCACACUGCAAGCCAUCAUGCCAUGUCCUCACCUUCUUCAGUAGUAGAUACAACUAUUGCACCUGAAAAUUCAGCUGGGAAAGUAUCAACUGAAAAAUUAAAUGUCCAAAUGCUGGUUGAUACAAUGAAAAAUUUAUCAGAAUUGCUUCUUUAUCAUUGCUUAAAUAAUACCUGUGAAUUGAAAGAGCGAGAUUGCAGUCUCCUUGAAAAUGUGGUCAAUAAUCUUAAAACAUGUGCUUUAAAGAAUGCUGAACAGAUCGAACAAAUUGCCCCGGCUCAAGCAUGUCUUUUCAAUCAAUCAGAAACUUCUAAGUGUGCUGGAGAUUCAUGUGAGUUUCAACAGAAUGCAAGUUGUUCCAAGAGGCCACAAUUAACCAAGAUAGGACCAGAGACCUCCAAGUUAGAGUUUGAGAAUCCACUUGUUGCAGAGGCAAAGUUGCAUUUCAGGUCUGGGAAACCACUUGGGAAGCUUUCAGAUUCCAUUUCCCCAAGGGAUGAUACAGAAAUGACAAAGGUUGAUAACAUGACCAAGGAUCUGAAGAGGAUUCUUAGCGAGAAUUUCCAUCAUGAUGAUGAAGGAGCAGAGCCUCAUACUGUAUUAUAUAAGAACCUAUGGCUUGAGGCUGAAGCUGCACUGUGUUCUGUCUAUUACAAGGCUCGCUAUAAUCAAAUAAAGAUUGAAAUGGAUAAACUCUCUUACAAGGAAAAAGAGAUGGAGAAGCAAUCAAAAUCUGAGUUUGUUCCAACUUUGAGCCAAAGUCAGAGUUCUGCAAAUAAAGUGUAUAAUUAUCCAAACACUGAUUUGCCUGCUUUGAAAUUGCCUGUCUUGGAUUCUACCAAUCCAGAGGAACUAUCUUGUUUGAUUUUUUCCACUAAUAUGAACAAGCCUAAGAUGAGACCAUGUGAAGGAAAAGGUGGUCAAGACCCAGAUAGCUUUAUCCAUAAUUAUAACGUUUCUUGCUCAGACAAGGAGGCUGAAAGAAAUGAUAAGGCUUCUGUCAUGGCCAGAUACCAAGUUCUCAAAGCUCGGGUUGACCACUCAUGCAUUGAUACUACUACCAAUGUGGAGGAACCAUUAGAGAGAGCAGACAAGUCAGAGCCUAAAGGGAGGGAUAAUCAAAUCCAAGUCAGUUCCUGCCAAGAUCUUCCUGUUCCUGAAAAGAAUGGGACCGAUUACGAGGCAUCUGUUGGGGCAAGGUUUCAUAUUCUGAAAUCCCGGGUUGAAGGUUCAAGUUCUAUUUCUUCAGAAGGCACACUGUUUGAUGGAGUUGGAUUUGCUGGCAAAGAAAUGGAUGACACAACAAUUGCCAAAAAUGUUUCUGAAGGUAAAAGUUUGGACGUCCAUGUAAAUCCUGCAGUGGUGAAUCUCAAUUCCUACACUUCUAUGGACAAGUCAAUCUCAAAUGAGUUUCAUCUGUGUUUGGAGGAAAAUCAAGAAAUUCAGCCUUCUUGUGAGCUUUCUACUUACUCCUCAGAUGGCUUUGCAUCAGAUUGGGAACAUGUGGAGAAAAGCUCGUAGGGCUGCUUUUGAAGAAACCUUUAAAAGUUUGGUUAUAUGGUUCAAUAAAUGUUUAUGUUUGAUUAUAUGACUGAAUAAAUGUUUAUGGGUUAGACAUUUUUAUUAUCCUUAUUGGACAUGCAUAUUGUAGAAUUUGGUCUUAAGGCUCUGUCCUAUCUGUAUAUAACGAUGUCCGACUUCUUAUUUUUUAUUAAUAUAAUAUGUGCUUGCUCACUUGCACAUGUUGAUAAAUAAGUGCAAGUGAUAGAAAAGUUGUCAAUUUGUCAA